AUGUGGGAAUUCCUUAGACAGGCAUAUUCACAAGAUAAGAAUGUGAGUAAAAUCCUUCAAGUUGAAGAAGAGUUGCACAACCUCCGACAGGGAAAUCAGGAUUUAUCACAAUACUUUGCAACAGUUAAAGCUACCUAUGAACGUCUGAAAUUCUUGCGUCCUCCAGGCAAAUCUUGUUAUAAGCCACACUUUGAACCUACUAUGGUUGCAAAGUUUCUUGCUGGUCUCUCUCCUAAGUAUACUGCUGCUAAGGAUCAGAUGCUCACUAGAAGUGAAAUUCCUAAUCUCUCUGAUGCAUAUAACAGACUUAGUCAUCUUGCUAUUAGCUUGUCUCAUCCAGCUGGUGUGACGCCUGCUUCUGCCCUUGCUGUGGGGGGUGGUCGUGGUCAUGGCUCUACCUAUAGUGCCAGAGGAAGAGGUAUAGGUCGUGGAACUGGGGGCUGUGGGAGGCUCCAAUGCACCUAUUGUGGAAAAAUUGGACAGUUAGAUGAUCGCUGUUGGGAUAAACAUGGUCGCCCAUCCUUUUUUUUAUAG